UGCGCUUCACGUCCAAUGGCGCAACCCCAUGGAUGAUAAACAGGAAGUGUUGCGUCAUAUCUGCAGUCUGUCUUCCCCCCCCAUUCAAAGUGUCAUGUGGUCUCCGAGCGUUCCAAUAAAGAUGAGAUGGGGUUAAAGAAUUAUUAUUAUUAUUAUUUUACUAGCUGCUUAAUGGGGUUCACCUUAAUUCUAUAAAACUUUCCACCUCCACCUAGAGCGGUCGCUCCGGUCGGCUGGAAUGUGACGUCACAGCUCCGGGACCACUAAAAUGAGCAUACACGUGAAGCGUCUGCCUUCAUCUUUGUACAAAAGAUGACGUCAUGAGUGAGAGCGUGACGUCUGCCUGUAGUCGCCUGUCAUUCGCCGUGACGUCACACUGUGAAUGUGAGUGCGCGACUUUACCUCCUGUGUUGUGGUCCUCUUGUUACUCCGCUUCUGGAAAAGAGUCACACAAACAUUCUAUUUGUCAUCUAUUUCAAGACUUACAAUGCUGUAAAGAGCGCUUGCUGUGUUUAUCGGCUACACAGAAUUCACUUUGGACACUCGGUCACAUUAAAUGAGGAACUUUUGAGUUUCAACAGAACUUUAUCCUUCCCACAAACCACAUUUCCACUGAGAUUUUGACUUUUCAGUCAUCUGUCGUCUGGCGUUGUCAAAAUCGAUGACGUCGUCAAACCCGUGAAAUCGCUUCCCAGCCAUCAAGAGAUGGAGGCUGAAAGUUUCCCCAAGGAAGUCAUCCUCGAGCUGGUGAAAGCCAGCUUCGAGCAGAUCUCCGCAGCCCAGUGGGCGCUGCUGGUGGCAGGAACCCCCGACUCGGAGACCAAGGCCAUCAUUGCCGACACCAUCGGCGACAUGAUCCAGAGGAUCUCCUCCAAUGUGGUGAGGCACCUGCUGCCCGCCGUCAGCGAGCACCUGCGUGGUCAAGCGUCUCAGGCUCAGGUGAGCAAUGCCAUCGACCGGUACAGUCCGAAGCUGAGUGAGUGCAUCACCGAGACGUUUGCCGCCGCCCUGGACCUCCCACCACAGAAGUAUGAGGGUGCAGGGGAGCUCACCACACUAGUAGAGUCAGAGGUGAAGCACCGGGUGACGUCAGCCUUGUCCGUGGCCCGGAACGCUCCCGAGUGGCCGUCGGACCCCACCCUCUUCAUCCGCGGCACCAUGUCCAGCGUGGGCAACCUGGCCUCCAUCUUCCGGAAAGCUGUGGAUUAUUUAGUGCAAGUGUUCUCUCGGGCACGUACGCCAUGCGUGGUGCUGUGCGGCCGCUCCACCAUGAAAGUCGGCGACAUGACUGAUGCAGUGAGCGGAAUCCUCUUAAAGUGGUCUCGCGCCAGUAAAGGCGAGAAAGUCCACAUAAUCGCCGAUUACAUUGAUGUGGAGAAAUUGAGCAAAAACUCCGAUCAGGAGAACUUGGAGGUAGUGAGCGAACACUCUGAUUCAGAGGUUUUGCAGAGUGCUCAGUUGGCCGCGCUCGACAUCACCAGAAGUAUCAUCCAGGAACCCUUGCUCAGCUCCGGGGACCGUGUGGAAAGACUGACACGCUUCAACCUCAACCUGAAGCUCAUUUCCAACAAAGUCAAGAAUUUCUUUAGGUCGCAGGUGAACGCCAGUCCGAACGGCAACAUCAAACUGCGCAGGUUGCGCUUCUUUAAGUUCGCGCGCAUGCAGUUCACGCGCAUGUUGGGACGACUCAAACGAGCCUUCAAGAAUCAGGAGGGUUGUCUGGUGUGCCUCAGACCGGAUCAGCCAAAGUCCCCCAGAGGGGAUUCCAAAGGCACCUUCAGGAGCAGCACCUUACACGUCAGGCCGUCACAGAAUCCUGUGUUCGAGUUCGAGGCCAUCCAAGACAUGGUCGCAAAGUUGUUCGAAGACCUCAGCAAGAUGGAACCGGAAGUACGCCAAGCCAAAAUCCAGCGCUACAUGGAUGAGAAGCUGCGGGGCUUUUCUCAAGAACUCACCUCUCGCCUGUACGAGUAUGUCAUGUCCUGUCAAAGCGAAGUGUAUGAGGUGCCCUCCAGCCGCUCCAACACGCCUUUUAUGGACUCCGUGCUGUGGGGGCGGCGGGGGAAGAAGCACUGGGAUGGUGGGCAGAAGUUCUCUCCUGAGGUCUUGUACGCCAUGACGGAGGAUGUGGUCUGGAGGUUCCUGCAGCAGCUGCUCCUCUGGAUGGAGACGGAGGACGGAGAGACGUACGCCGAUGAAGUGUCCGGCGCCGUCGGUGAGAUCAACCAGCUGGUCGUCACCGCCCUUAACACGAGCGAAGACUCGGAGGAAGAGAUCUCUCGAGAAACACCUUUAAAUGAGGUCGUAAAAGACGACAGCCUAAAAUGUUCCUCAUACGUACCCGAAAGCCGCACGAGGACCUCGGCAUCUUCCGACGCGGAACCCCUGUCCUUGAAGGACUUGAGUGAGGUGUUGGCCUUCACGCUGACCAUGCAGCUGGGCCAGCGUUUGCCCAGGAAGUGCAAAAAGUCUCUGAAGCCGGACGCCCUCAUGCUGGUCGUGCAGCAUCUGUCGUCCAGGGCCUUGAAGGAGAUCGGCCCGGGGCACAUGGACAAUAUCGAGACACUGGCCAACCUGGAGGAGGUCAUCAUACCAGUGGUGAAAAAGCUCCUGGCUGAAUUUGGCACGCCGGACAAACUGGUGGAGGCCGUGACGGUGGACGAGGCUUCUUUUGACGAUGUUGUUAUGAAACAUCUCGAAGUCCAACUUAAAGCCCCCAGAGGUGCGCCUAAGGGCACUUUGUCAUCCAUAAUGUGCUGCUACCCAUGUCGCUGAUCACAUCAGAAAUACAGAUUGUGUUUUUCACAUCAAUCGACUUUCACAAAUUGCAACAUCUCAGGUUGAGUUGUGAACCAAAUGUGCCAAAAUAAGAUGACAGGCUAAGCGACAGACAUGGAGAACAACCCCUCAGUUCCACUGGAGUUGCUAGUUCACCUUUCUAACAUGUACAUACUGUGCUUUAUAAGUGACCUCAAUGCUUCAUUCAAACCUGAAACGGGGCACUUUCAAAGACAUUUUUUUUUUAUUAAAUGAAUCAAACCUCGA